UCUAACUCCGCCAGAAUUUCAUGGGACUGAAGUGCCCAAGGCUGUGGCGGAGUGGAUCCGUCAGUUAGAGCAGAACUUUGACCUCCUGCAGUGCUCUGACGAGCAGAAGGUUAUUUGUGGCCGCUAUAUGCUUAAGGGAAGUGCCGCCUUGUGGUGGUCCGGCUAUUGGAGGUUGAGGCAGGCGGAGUUUAAUGUCUUGACUUGGGAUCGCAUGAAGGAGGUGAUCAUGGAGAAGUAUUAUCCUCAGGGUUAUCACAUGAGGAUGGAGCGCGCUUUCUGGGAUCUUACCCAGGGGACUGGUACCGUUGAGGAGUACGAGCGGGAGUUCACCCGCAUGAGCGCCUUUGCUCCACAUAUGGUGGACACUGACCUGAAGAAGGCUCACAAGUUCCGAGAUGGGCUGAGUCAAACUCUUCGUAUGCAUGUUGCUAGCCAGGGAAAUCUUUCCUUUGGUGAGACUGUCAUCCGAGCCACCCAGCUGGAGAGUUAUCAGACUCUCGAUACUUCUGUCCCUUCUGCUCAGCUAGUCCAGCCUAUUGCUUCUGCACCGCCCGAGUCUAGUUCGGGUAAGAGAAAGUUUGAUUCCCGCCGUGAUAACCGGAAGGGAAAGCGUGCCGGGAAUGACCGUCGUGGCGGGCGCCCUGCAUCUUAUGAUCAGAAUCCGAAGUGCCCUAAGUGUGGUCGAUAUCAUCCGGGAGAAUGUCGUUUCACUCAGCGAGUUUGCUUCAACUGCAUGAAGCCCGGCCACUUCUUCAUCAGUAUUGGUGGGCAUAUUUUAGAGGCCGAAUGCUAUGUUAUUGAAAUGCGGGACUUCGAUGUAAUCUUGGGCAUGGACUGCCUCACUCGCUAUCGAGCUGACAUCCGUUGCCAGGAGCGUGAAGUCACUCUAUUCCCCAUUUCCGAUCAGCCUGUUAUUUUCUAUGGGGUGAAGUCGAGGACUGUGCCUCGAGUCAUCUCUUCGAUGCAAGCUAGGAAGAGCCUUUCUAAGGGUAGCUGUCAAGGCUAUCUGGUUUCUAUGAUAUCCGAGGACGACUCUGAGAGGUCCCCGGAGAGUGUCUCUAUCGUCUGCGAGUAUCUCGACGUCUUUCCUGAUAAGUUGCCCGGAGGACCGCCCGACCGUCAAGUGGAGUUUACCAUUGAUCUAGUACCAGGAGCCGACCCUGUUUCUAAGGCCCCUUACCGUAUUGCGCCAAAGGAGCUUCAAGAGCUCAAGGCCCAGAUCCAGGAGUUGCUCAAUCUUGGUUUCAUUCGUCCGAGUGUUUCGCCAUGGGGAGCGCCCGUCCUAUUUGUGAAGAAGAAAGACGGAUCGAUGCGCAUGUGUAUUGACUAUCGGGAGUUGAAUGCCCUUACAGUCAAGAACAAGUAUCCCCUUCCUUGCAUCGAGGACCUUUUUGACCAGCUGAGGGGAGCCAGCGUCUUUUCAAAGAUUGACUUGCGUUCUGGCUAUCAUCAGCUGAAGAUCCGUGAGUCUGAUAUUUCUAAAACUGCCUUCCGUACCCGAUAUGGCCAUUAUGAGUUCGUGGUUAUGCCAUUUGGACUUAGCAAUGCCCCGGCCGUGUUUAUGGACCUUAUGAAUAGGGUCUUUCAUCCUUUCUUAGACCAGUUUGUCAUUGUGUUUAUCGACGACAUCCUGGUUUAUUCCCGAGACAUCGACCAGCACAAGGAGCAUCUGAGGAUUGUGCUGGAGACCCUUCGCCGCAAGAAGCUGUAUGCUAAGUUCUCGAAGUGCGAGUUUUGGCUGGAUCGUGUGGCAUUCCUUGGCCACAUUGUGACAUCGAGAGGCAUUGAGGUGGAUCCCAACAAGAUCGAGGCAGUGAGUAAAUGGGAUACGCCAAGGAGUGCAACUGAUGUUCGUAGUUUCCUGGGGUUAGCAGGAUACUACUGGAGGUUUAUCGAGGGCUUCUCGAAAAUAGCCCAACCACUAACCAAUCUUACGAAGAAA